ACUGACACAUGGGGGGGUACCCUGGGUGAGGGGGAAGCCAGGGAGUGAUCUGGGCUUGUGCACUUAUACAGAGCUCUCCAGCAUAUACAGGGUCCCAGUCCUGUCUUCAGAAUACUUUGCACAGACCCACAGGCUAUUUGCAGGAUGUCCUCCCCUCAGCUGAUGCAGGGCAUGCAUCAAGACCUCACAUGUACCUUGUGUCUUGAGCUCUUCCGGUCCCCUGUCACCCCUGAGUGUGGUCACACCUUCUGCCAGGCCUGCCUGAUUGGGUCUCCAAAAGCUGAAGACCAAAAUGGAGCCACAUUGUGUCCCACCUGUCAGGCCCCAUCCAGACCUGAGUCCCUUCGAAUCAACCAAAAACUGGAGCACCUGGUAGAGAGCUUCAAAAAGGUCCCACAGGGCCACUGCCAGGAACAUAUGGAUCCACUGAGUGUCUUCUGCGAGCAGGACAAGGAGCUCAUCUGUGGGGUGUGCGCUUCACUGGGCAAACACAAGGGGCACAACAUCAUCACAGCUGCCGAGGCUCAUGGGAAGAUGAAGAGACAACUCCCUCAGCAACAAGUCAUCCUGCAAGAGGCUCGUUUAAGGAAGGAGAAGACAGUUGCUCUGUUGGACAGGCAGGUGGCUGAGGUCCAGGAUACAGUCUCACGGUUUAAGAAAAAUGUAAAGGAUCAGCUGAAUAUUAUGCGUUCCUACCUCAAUAUGAUGGAGACUUCAUUGGGCCGUGAGGCCGACAAGGCUGACCGAGAUGCCACAGCAGCUCUCGUGGGAGAACGCAAUAGCAUGGCGCAUUAUAUGGAGCAGCUCCGGCAGAUGGAGGGCAUUCUCCAAGAUGUAGAGGGCCAGGAGCAGACUGAAUUCCUCAGGAAAUACUGUGUCGUUUCAUCCAGGUUGAAUAAAAUUUUGGGAGAGUCCCCUCCUCCUGGGCGCCUUGACAUCCAACUUCCUGUCAUCUCCGAUGAGUUUAAAUUCCAAGUAUGGAGGAAAAUGUUCAGAGCGUUAAUGCCUCCCCUGGAAAAUCUCACACUUGACCCUGACACGGCCCAGCAGAACUUGGUGGUUUCUGAGGAUGGUAAAACGGUUGAGUGUUCUGACCACAAACAAGCAGUAUCAGAUGAGCCUGGUCGUUUUGAUAAAAGCAACUGCCUUGUGACAAAAGAGAGUUUCACAGAGGGAGAACAUUACUGGGAAGUAGUGGUUGAAGACAAACCAAGGUGGUCCUUAGGCAUCAUCUCUGAGACUGCCAACCGAAAAGGGAAGCUUCAUGCCAGCCCUUCACAUGGCUUCUGGAUUCUGGGCUGUAAGGAUGGUAAAGUGUACGAGAUAUUUGCUGAAGCAAAAGAACCACGACUCCUCCGUGUGGAUGGCCGUCCGGAGAAAAUUGGAAUUUAUCUCAGUUUCUCUGAUGGUGUGGUGUCGUUCUUUGAUGCAGAUGAUGAGGACAACAUCAAGCUUCUCUAUACUUUCCAUGAGCGAUUCUCAUGCAAGCUUUACCCAUUCUUUGAUGUCUGUUGGCAUGAUAAAGGAAAGAAUGCCCAACCAUUGAAGAUUUUCUGGCCAACAACUGGCCAAUCAUAAGUGCCAAUAGCAACACAGUUGAUAUAUAUAAGAAAAUGAACAUGCUGCAACAUUAAUCUGUCCUAAAGUUGCUUUUGAAGUCCUAUGGGCAGUAUAAGUAGGCACGUGUGCAAACUUAAUCGUUUAACACCGAGGGUAAUUGGAAUUAUCUACAGAUAAUCAUAAAUAUCACUGAAAGCACUAAAACAGCAGCAUAUCUAUGUCUAGUGGGGAGGCACUCAACACGAUUUUUAUUUUGUUUUCUAGAGUAGGAUCACUGGGAUUUUAACUAUAAAAUAAUCAUUGUGAUUUCUGAUACACACUAGUAGCUCCCAAUAAAACAAAUAAGAAACA